GAGAGUUUGCACUCCAGCCCAGGGCUCAGACUAAGAAGGACUUGGACCCCUCUCUCAGACCCUGUCUCCUCUGUCCCGUUCUCUGUGGUCACUGUAACCCCCAACCAAACCAGCAGCCAUGGACGCCAUCAAGAAGAAGAUGCAAAUGCUCAAGUUGGACAAGGAGAAUGCCUUGGACAGAGCAGAACAGGCUGAAGCCGACAAGAAGGGAGCAGAGGACAAAAGCAAACAGGUCUGAUUGGGAAAAAUAUACACACCCCUUUUUUUUUGCUUUCACAAGAUUUACAGACCCCCCAAAAAUAUUACCAUAGAAUCUGGCUGACAUCACUGCCAGUGGAGGGCUUUGGAUAUACCCCUGGCCAGCUUUUAAACCCUCAAGAAUAGAACUGUUUCUUUUUGGUGAUAAAAAAAACUGAGUGCAUUAUACUCAGUGCUGGAGAGGGUUAAAACAUUGCUCUUUAAACUUGUACUUAGAGAGAGGUUACAGCUGGAAACAAAAACAAACCUCCAGGUCCUAUUCAGCCAGCAUGUACUUAAUAAAAUGUGUCCACCUGUGGAAGGAGGGAUAGUCAUAUUUCAUUGCUGGGCUUUUCUUACUGCUGUAUAUGGGCAUCUGCCAGGUCUGAGAAAUCACAGGAUUCCUUUCUUCUCCUAUGUCAGUUGCUGAUAUUGGCAAAAUUCCAGAAUGUUUGUACCUAAGUUAACUGCUUCGCUGCCAAAGUAGCUCAAAGUGCUACAUAUACAUAGUUAUAAUGCCUGUACGGAAUCAUGUGCUACAUACAUGUAUGUCAAAUUCUGUGAUUACUGUGUGUGUUUGUGUGUAUAUAUAUAUAUAUAUAUAUAUAUAUAUAUAUAUGCACACACAUACAUACAUACUUGCACACACAAAUUCAUAUUUCUGUAUAUAAAUUAUGUACACUAGUAUACAUACAGCUAUACACACACACACACACACACAUAUAAAGACAGCAUAUCUAUAUACGGUUCUUCUUCAAUAUUAAUUGACUUCUUGCUUACAAUCUAUACUGCUAUAAUCUAUAUCAUAUAAAUGCAUUGCAAGACUAUAAAUGCAUAAAAGAUUAAUCCCAAUCAAUCACAUACGUGAAAAGCUCUAUGUUGUAAUAAAUAGAAUGCACACAGACAUAUGUACGUAUGUAUAUAGAUUCUAUAUUGUUUUUCUUCUUGGCUAUUUGGAAACCUCUUAGUUAGAGGAAGAGAUUGCCCAAAUGGAAAAGGAGUUGCGGGUUACGGAGGAUACCAGAGAUAAGAUUUUGGAUGACCUCCAUCAGGCUGAAGAAAGUCUCCUAGCCGCUGAGGAGAAGGCGGCUAAGGUAUGAGUCUACACCAGUGAGAACUAUCUAACUUUUGUCUCCUUUUUUUUCUCUCUCUCUCUCCCUCUCUCUCCCUCCCUCUCUUCCUGUCCUGUCCUGUCUCUGUACACCUCUGUUGCCUGCCGCCUUGCAUUACCACCCCAUGCUCCAUCCACCCAUUACCCCACCACCCCUAUGGUACCUAUCCCACCCUGCCUUAGCUGGAGGAUGAACUUGUAGCACUCCAGAAGAAACUAAAAGGUACAGAAGAUGAGCUGGACAAAUACUCUGAAGCCCUGAAAGAUGCCCAGGAGAAGUUGGAACUGGCAGAGAAGAAGGCCACUGAUGUAAGUUGAGGCCAUUAGACUCCCUGCCGCCCCAUUAUUACACUAUGGCUCUGCACCCGCUCAAUGCAAACAUUCUUCCUAUGGAGCACUGCAUGUAUCACACGGGGAUAUGGGAGAUGUUCACCAGACCUUUGUAAGAGGACAUCUUUCCUAAAAUUGGAUGGGUUUGAGAGGAAAGAAAUUUGGAAUGGUGUCCUGAAACCUAAAGAGUGUAAAUGGCUUAUAAACAUAACAUAAGGUGACAAAAAGUUAUAGUUACUUUAAACUGGUAUUUUAUAUAUAUAUAUAUAUAUAUAUAUAUAUACGCACCACACUAUAUACUGUAACCAUUUUGAAUUCCAAAAGGGUGAGGAAUGCAGUAGAAAUUAAAGCAUCCCCCAUCAUCCACUAUGAUUUAACCUUUCUGCUGUCAUAGAGGCAGGUAGCAAAGGAUUUCCUUUUGAAUUGCUUGUCUCCCUGACAGUUCAAAGAGUGCAUCCAAUGCAUUAAGCACACCACUGGCACUUAAAGGGUAAAUCCUGAGGCCUACGAGAACAGUUAAGAAUACAUAAUAGUUUUUUUUCCAUUUCUUGUACCGGACUAGUUUAGAGGAUAACUAUUCUUGAUUUUUAUUUUCGUUUUAAAAAGAAAGUUCAGUCCUUUCUUCAAAAUAAAGAAAAACAUUAUUUUUUGUAGAGGAAGAAUCCAUUCAUUCUACAAUGUUGAGUAGGGUUGUCUCCGAUAGUUUUUCUUGGGGAACAUUCACUUGAAACUAAAGGUCUGUGGGGUUUGUACACUAAACAGUUAAUUGGGUGAACCAAAACCAAGUUUUGCAAAGGCUGUAAUAAACUACAGUGCAAAAAAACUCCAACUGAGUUCUAUUCUCAGCUUUUUUAAUUGUGGCCUAUAUUUCCCUCAUUUCACUUCUAGUGAAAACCCCACAGUAUUCAGGGCCUAUUCAGAGUGCACGGCCUGACUAUAAUACAAUUUCCACAGCUCGUGCAUUCUGUGUAGACACCGCAUUAGAGAUUAAAUCCAUUAUAUUGGUCAACAUUUUUACUUUUUAUUUCUGUAAAUCUCUUUGGAAACUAAACCCACUGAUAAUGUAGCAAAUACUUUGAAUUCUCUUUAAAAUUACGCACAUAGUAAAAUGGUUAGUGAGUGUUCUAAGAAUGGAGGAAAUAAUACUGUCUUAUUAUAUUCUGAAAUAAUUUUACAUAAGCAACAUACACAUGGCAAACAUAUUGAAUUAACUGUGGAAUUGGGCAUUUUAGGCCAAAAAUCGCUGAACUGGAGAGUUUCCCAUUUCAACUUUUGCAAUUUAUUCACUAAAGUGAGAAUUAUUGGGAAUUCAAAAUAAAUUUAAAGUGGCUCUGUCCACUCAAACUUACCUUUCUUCAAUUGUUUCCUUUUUUUCUUCCUCUUUCAGAAUCUGUUCUUUUUGUUUCUUAAUUUUGCAUCUAUUUCUCUUCAAUUUUCUACGCUUGACAAUCUUGAUGAAGGAUGGCGCUUAAGGCAUAAGGCAAGCUCCACUUCCUUUGUCGAGAUACUGGAGCUUGACUUAAGCUCCACCCUUUGUCAAGAUUUGUCAAGCGUAGGAAAUAUAAAUAAGACAAAGUACUCUCUACUUUGUCUUAUGUUUUAAAGAGAAAUAGAUCAGAAAUUAAGAAAAAAAAGAGCAGAUUCUGAGAGAGGAAGAGAAGAGGAAACAAUAGGAGAAAUGUAAGUUUAGGGUGACAUAGCCACUUUAAGUUAAAAACAGUCAAACUGGAUGUUAUGCUUCAGUUCAGCCAGUUUUGCCUUAAAUGUAAAAUUCACUUUGAAUUCCUGACUAUUUUCCCUUUAGUGAAUAACCCUAUAUUUUCCCCUAGAAUGUGCAAUUCUCACAUAUGUCUCCGUAAUUGCCCAUUUAGUUAAUAAAGACAGUGAUAAAAUGGUUUAAAGAUUAAUUCACUGAAAUAAUGUUACUAUUAAAUGAUGUAAUAGGACGUACAUAGCCCCCAUUUUUUUUUUGAUCAGCUCCUUAAGGUGUGUACCCAGGACGGGAGCUGACCUCCGCAAAUAUUAGUUCAUGAGAUCACAAAGACAUAAGUCUUUGUCAGUGACAGAACCUGGUUAAUUUUUGCAAUGACCUCUUUCUCUCUGGCUCUGACACUUGUGCCAAGGAGAAAUCUUUAUUCCUUAUAGCAGAGCAAGGAGGAAAAUGAUACUUGCUGUUCCCGCAGAGUUCAGAGAUAGAAACACGUUGGGGUUAUAUAUAACUCCACGCUUUAUAUGGUAUACACUCAAGACAUUCUGUCUCAGCUGUCCAGCCCUUGUCAAAAACUAAACAACUAUUUUAUGGGUUGGACCUUAUACAAUCCACAGAACUACAAAGAUCCCUGCAAGCUCUCUUAUUAAGGCUAAUUUUAUCUUCAACACCAGGCAUAGAGAGCACAAUUCUAGCCAGAUGGAAGGCUACUAUAGGAUUUAGAUUAACUUAAUGUUGAACUUUCUACUACCAAUCAAAUAAGAAAAUUGUACAUAUUUAUAUAAGAAAAUGUUUUGGGUUUAUUUUUUUUUUUAAAUGAUAUAAGUAGAUUGAUCAAUCAGCUAAAUAUAUAGAACAUAUAACUAUAGACUGAUAUGUAAUGUGUGUAGCUAGACAGACACGCACACGCAGCACACACACAUUGCUAUGUUUAAAUUCCUUUCAUCUGAAACUUAAAAAAAAAAAAAAAAUUAAACUGUUAUGGAUGAAAAUGUUAAACAGAUGAAAUACCUUUAGAUAGGCAAAAAAAAAAAAAAAAAAGAAUAAAAUGUGUUAUGUAUUAGCUGUACAAUGUUAAACAAGGUCAGUAGAAGAACUCUGAAUAAUAUCCGUAUUGUGAGUGUGGUAUAGGAGUGUGGGCUCGAAGGUAUGGUACAAUGGAAACAUUUUGUAUUGAGGAAUGAAAGAGGCUGCAUAUGGAAUUCAGACAGAUAUUCCUUAUAAGGAAAAGUAUGUUGACUAUUUAGAAAUCGCUCCCCAUGCAAAACCCAGACAGGGAAAGUAGAUUUCAUUCGGAAGUUUAAACUGGGAACAGUUAUCACUGUUUGCUUAAUGUCAAGAGCAUGUGAAGACGUGUCUUAAUGAAUUGGUUAAUUAUAGGAAAGCCAAGGGCUAGACUAGGCAAUAGAUUGAAUAAGGUAUUCAAUAGCCACAGUUCAGUCUUUGCCAAAUAUAACUAGGAAGUUAAAUGUGUAAUAAUUAGUGCAUGGGAUUUGGCACUGACUUAACAUGUACGUUGUUUAUUUAAGUGUAAUAUGUUUACAGAAUAUUAUAUAAUCAUUUCCUCGUGAUCCUCUUUAUUUUUUUACUAACAUUAGAGUGUUAUGGAUUGUAUAAAUUUAGAUGAAAGUUAAUUGUUUAGUAUAGUAUACUUUUAAAACAAUUAAACAAUACAGUUAAAUAUCCCCAAAAUAUGUAUUUAUUCAUAUAUAUGUCAUUAUUAAUAAUAAAUAUAUAAAUAUGCAGUGUCUUACAAACUUUAAGCAAAACUUUUUUUUAUGCAGUUGUUUUCGGUUGUAAAUUUACUAUAAUUUAGUGUACUAACAAGGUGGUCAUACUAAUAUAAAUAUAUAUUAGUAUGGCCACCUAGUUUAAUCUAUUAUAUAUAUAUAUAUAUACAUAUAUAUAUAUAUAUAUAUAAAAGUUUAAAAAUCAUCCCAAAUACGUUGGCUAAUUUUUUUACCUCAGUAAUUUUGAACUAACCCGACCGGGCUAUACACUAAAGUGAAAACAUGGCUUUUAGUUUCCAAUUUGGAUAUUGCGGCCUGAAAUCUUAAAUGCAAUUUAAAUUGUCUUUGAGUCCCUAACCGAUCCACCCUGUUCUGUGGAUGUUUACAUUAACCCAUUGUUUCUCAGACACGCCCCGAUAGUUUAUUUCAAAUCGGUCUCUUUCCACAUAGAAUUUAAAACUUAUUUUGUUUGUUCAGUGAUGUUCCACUGACUCACAGGCAGUUACUGGAUUAGAACCAACAGCUGAAAACUGCAACUUCUACAUGGUUCUUUAUAUAGAAUAUGCCCAAUGUACUAUUUUUACAGACUCACAUUACUGCAGCUGUCAAACGAAUGAACGAGUGUGAGCUCUCUUGCUAAAACUCAAUUUUCAUUCACAUACAGUAUGCACACCCAUGAACAGCAAUCCACAUAGCACACAACAUGACAUAUAGUCACCAUACAACACUUAAGAUAAUAUUUCACAAAACAGUGAGUUGUGUUCAGUGGGCAACCAGCAUGCACAAUUUUGACCAAAAUAAUCGAACUGAGGGGGAUUGGGGGGGGGGGAGACAAUUCGGCUGAGACAGAUGCAAUCUAUACAGUCUCUUGCUGGUGAAGGAAGAAGCAACUGUAGCACAAAUGUAACUCAUAACAUGCGCUGCAUAAUGUGUUUUAAACUUACAGGUUAGUUACUAGACAAUUAAUUAUAGAGAAACUAAAAAAAUUAUAGGGAGCCUUGGAACCAAACUGGAAACAUUCCCUGCUUGGCUAAUUUGGCCUAAAAUGUAUAUGCUGUACACAACCUCUGCUUGAUUAGCAUUCCGCAUUGUACAGCGCUACGGAAUCUGAUGGCGCUAUAUAAAUAAUAUAAUAAUAAUAACUAGAGAAAUAUAGUAUAUACUACUAAUAUAAUAAUAGCAUGUAACAACCAUGGUAUAUAAGUGCAUGUAAUGAAGAAUACACAUUUUACUUUAAGCCUUUCCAUAUACAUAUUUGUUGUAUUAGCAUGAUGGGAGUUGUAGUACACAGCAAGUAAAUUGCCUGACAGGGGCUAUCACUGUUCUUUCUUUUUUAUUUUUAAUUACCUACAUGUGUAACCGUAUAUCAUGUAGCAUAUAUUACUAUUACCUGCUGGUAUCAGGAUACUAAUAUUUGAGAAGCACAGUGAACAGGAUGAAUAAUGUUGAACUAUUAUCACUGAAUAUUAUAUAAAAGUAUACUGUAUCCUGCCUUAACCUUAGAUUUGUACCUUUUAUACUGUUGCUAGCAUUAGCUUGAAUAGUCAGGGUUAGUCACUAAAUUCCAAACAGUAGUCCAAAUGACACCAUUUAUAGAAAAAUCGCCAGAAUGUACAAAAUAUAUAAAACAGUAGAGGUGAGUAAUUUCUCCAAAUAAUAUUUUGUCUAAAUUUUGCCAUUCGGAUUUCAGUUCUCUUCAGUUCAGUUUCUAUUUUAUAACCCCCUGACUAACUUUUCAAAUAAUAGCAUUUAAUCAGUGUACCACGGUGAAAUGACAAUCAAAUUGCAAGAUUAUGGGCCCCAUUCUUUGGACAGAAAAACAACAAUAUUCUAACUGCUGUUUUACCCCAAAUAUUGCAAUUCUGUCGUCAAUUCCCCACAGUUCUUACUAACUCAGCUAUUUUAACCCAAAUAUUGCAAUCCUGUCGUCAAUUCCGCACAGUUCACCAUUUAGUUAAUAAAGCCUAAUAUAUAAUAGUUCAGAUAGCUAUUGAGUGAAAUAGAUUAUGCCGUCUAAUUCUCUGCUUAACCUGUUCACAAGCAGAUAAAGUAGGGAAACCUAAUUUGCUUGUGAAUAGGUUAAGUAUCAGACAAUCAGAUGGAAUUACAGUAUGUAUGCUGACUUGCUACUAUUUCAGGAUCUAGUAAUUACUUGCGUCCAUUCCAAACCAUCUGGUGCUGUACGUCUGCCUCUCGAAACUUGGCAUCAAGAGGCAAGUCCAACCUGGGCAUGUGUGCUCUUUUGUCAAAAUGGCUGGGUUGUCAAGCCCUUUAUAAGCCAGACCACUUAUCUCUUUAGUACAGUGCCCGCUCACACAUAUACUCAAAAGUACUACAAUUAAACCCUAUUACAUACUUUGCUUCAAAUCGAUACAUCAAUCAUCCAGUCACAAAGGUUUUCUCAACUAUGUUAAAACAAGGACAUGCCUGCACAAGCAUAAUUAAUUAGGGAAAGUUAAAAAAUAUAGAUAUUUGAGCCUUGGAAUGAACAGAUAUUAUUUUAUUUCAUGCCAAUAUUCUCUCCCCCUUCAAAUCCCUAGUUACAGUACAUUAAUUGAGCAGUGACUAGCUCCCUCUAUAGGAAAAAAGACACACUACAAACACGUUGGAAUCCGUUAUUAUUCAAAGUGGCACUAAGUGAAGUUAGCAUUGAUAUUAGAAUUGGCUGUUUAAAGAAAAUGCAUGUUGUUGGUUUUGUGUUGCUUUAUAAUUAGUAAUUCACAAAAAGUAUGAAUUUUUGGAAAUGCAAAGAAACUUUAGAUUUAGGACAGAAAUUAUCUAAAAUUAGUAAAAAAAAAAAAAAAAACUCGUCCGGACACAGUUUGACUGUUCUGGCCUACAUUUUUAAAACUCAUUUUGAAUUAAUUUCUGACUUUUCACACUUAAAUAAAUAUUAUUGUUUAUAAAAAAAAAAAAAGGAGAUGGUAAAUUAAUGGAAUUAUUAUUAUGUUUAGAUGGAUAAUCCAAGUGAAUUAAAUUACCCAUUUGUAAAACAUUUUUUUAAGGAUUAUUCAAGUGUGAUUUAUCAAGAAAUCAAAGUGAAUUUAAAAUUUUAGUCCAAGAUUGCUCAACUAGAAACAUAGCUGACUUGAAGAAGUUUUCAAGUUUGGCCGUUUUGCCCCGAAAUUCCAAAUUCUCUUUGAAUUUAAAAGCAAUUCUCAACAAUUCAUGUUUUACAAGGUUAUUCACCAAAAUGAGGAUUGCCAGGAAUUUAAAAUGUAGGCCAAAAAUAGACAAAUUGGUUUCCAAACCAAUUAUGUUUUCCAGUUCGGUUAUUUUCACCUUAAAAUUUAAAUUCACUUUGAAUACAGUUGGAAUUUUAACUUGAGUGGAUAAUCCUGCCAGUAUUUAGAUUCUACUGCACAUGUUUAUAAAUGUAUUAAAUAUUUGUCAAACAUACAAAUCUUUUUUAGUUUACAGAACAAAGAUUGGUAAAUAUAUACAACGUUCACAUUUCAAAGGCUCUAGCAUACUUUUGCAAAGACAAAUUGCAAAGUUUACGUUUUAGAUUAGCGUGACAUUUCAAACAUACAUAAAGCUAGCAAUAACAAAUUCAAUAGCCUUACAGCUGUUUAACAUAAUAUUGACUGGGUACUAUUGGUGUAUUUGAACACUACAGUCAGUUUAUUUGAAAGACACGCUAAACAUACUGUAAUGAGAAACCUGAAGUCUUUGCGAUGAUGUUGUAAUUUACAGUGUCCUGGAUGUGAAGCUAUGGCAUGUCUUCCAGAGUUAAGGUUCCAGUUUUUUGGAUUAUCAACUUUCAGACCUAUUUAAAGGGACACUACAGUCACCAGAACAAAUGCAACUUAAUGUCGUUGUUCUCGUGUGUAUAACUUCUCCCUGUAGGCAUUGUAUUGUAAACACUGCCUUUGUGUUAACCGUGCUGCCUUGUAACAUCUCUCGUGGCCAUCACUUAGAUGGCCACUGGAGGUGCUUCCUGGAUCAGUGCUACGCAAUGUGCAGCACUGAUGUUCCGCAAAAGCACUGAGUGGUUCUCAUAGAGAAGCAUUUAUUCAAUGCAUCUCUAUGAGGAAAUGCUGAUUGGCUCAGCCCGGCAUUAUGCCAUGCAUGCGCAAUAGCCUCCCAAUGCUUUUCUAUGGGAACUUUUGAUGAUCUCAGCCAGGAGGCAGAGUGGGGGCAGAGCCAGCCACAAAGGACCCACACAGCGCUGGAAUAAAGGUAGGUAAAAUAACCUUUUAAAUUGCUUACAGGGGGCCAGUGGUCUAAACUGUGUUUUCAGUUUUGGGACAAGAAUACGUUUGUAUUCCUGUCACUAUAGUGUCCCUUUAACCAUUCCAUAUCUGUACUGUGUAAUCGUAGAUGAGCACACUGACCAUUGACACUUGCUUCAUUUAGAGUGGUUGGAAUUUGCUGAUUAAUGCAGAAUUAUUUCAUUUAACAAAUAGCCAUUUGUUGACUUUUAAUUUACACCACGAUUUACCUGUGUUUUGUCAAUUACAAUUAUUUCUAUAGCGUCAGCAUAUUCAACAGUGCUGUACAAUAAGUAAACAAAACAAACAAUAUAUUCCAAAAUAACAUGAUUGACAUACUGGAAUGCUUUGGAAUAUGUUGAUACAUUUAUUGAUUUAGGUCCCUACAAAUCUAACAUUGUGUGUGAGGACUUUAAUAUUUUAACCUUAACUAAACAUUAUCUAUUGUUUAAAGCCAUUAGAGUAUUAAACCAAUCCCAGGGCAUAAAAUUGCUAAUAAUGGAAUAAUAUUAAAAAAAAUAAUGGAAUAUUGGUAUAUUGCCACUUUAUAAAUUAAAAAUUAAAUAACGACUCUGUUUUGAGAAUAUCACUAUAACUCUAUUUAUUUAAAAUUAAUAUAUAUAUAUAUAUAUAUAUAUAUAUAUAUAUAUAUAAUAAACACAGCAAAAAAUAUAUAAUACACACAGCAAAAAAAAUUAAAUUGUAGUGAUACUUGUUUAUAUACUAGUAAAGAAAAUGGUUAACUCAAUCUCUCAAACUGCCACCAGGUGGCUGUAAUGUUACAAUGUACCUGGUUAAGGAAGCCCAAGCCACAUUGUCAUAUGUUUGAGGUGUGGCCAGGUCUUAGUGGGGGUUUAGGUAGUCUUCCCCCUGCCCCAGCCAUACCGUGUGAUGAGUGUAGUGUGAGAGCAGGCAGUCAGUGCUGUGCAGCUUCGAGCCCUGUGGCUGUCCUCUAAUUACAGGAUUACAGGGUUAAUUGGAGGGGAGGGGGCCUAUGUAAGGAGGAGACUUCCUGUAUGUGAGCUGAGCAAGUCACGGUGAAAGCAGUAAGAGAGAGAUAGGAAGGGGAAGCCCUGAUCUCUCAGGGUUUGUAGAAGAUCAGAGUGAGAGUGAUACAUUGUAACAAGCAGGAGGAAGUAACAUUCUGUGAGUAAUGGCCGGGAUGACUUCUCUGGAGGCCGUGAGGAGGAAGAUUAAGUGCCUGCAGGACCAGGCUGAUGCUGCAGAGGAAAGGGCAGAGAGGCUGCAGAGGGAGCGGGACGUGGAGAGGAAACUCAGAGAAACAGUAAGAGUAGAGCUGGGCUUUCUGCCCCUAUUAACCCCGCUUCUUAUUAAUUACCCACGGUCCUCUGUUGCUCUGGCCAGGUCCUGAUCCAAACCACUCUCCUCCCUCCCCCACUUGGAUAACCUUAUGGAUUAUGUUUUCUUAAUUUCACCCCCUGGCUGUGCACCCCCCUUGGCCCACACAGGAUAUGGCAGUAUUGUGCCAUCCUUGGAACUGUUUGCUCUCUCAAGUAGCUGAUGGUAUCAGACACAGUUACACAAGAGCAGCAGGGGGUGUGCAAUAUGAGCCUCCCAGUUGGUUCUGGGUCAGUAGUUUGGUCCUUUUGGGGCUGAUGGUGGUAGUUUUAGUGGGGACAAGUUUAAAAAAAAAAAAACCUAUAUAAGCAGACUCUUAAAGGGUGUUGGCAUUGUAGGAGUGGCUAGAAGCCAAGAUGCCAAGCUGGCAUUUCAUAUUGGGAGUUGCAGUCCCUCAGCUGACCAUUUACCUUUUUGGUCACUCCUGGUCUGGAAGCUCUGUGUGGCCUUGUCACAUAUUCCCUCUCCCCAACCCCUCAAUUACUUUCUCACAAGCUGCUUAUGUACUGUAACUUUUUUCAUUUACUCCCAUACCAAAUCUACAAACUUUCUGUACCUAGAAGGUUUAUGGCUAAGCCGGAUUGGAGAGUAGGAUAAGUGUUGCUGAACUGUACAGAAUGUGGGGCGGAGUGUGACCUGUGAUUCUGACCUCUCACCCCGUCAUCAAUUCACAGAUUAUUUAUUUCUGUGUGUGUCCAUAGAUAUUUGUAUUUUUGCUUCUAUUAAAAUAUGUUUAGGAGCAUAGUAAUUAGACUAAAGAAAUUACUUUUUUUGUGAUUCUGUCUCAAGUGCAGUAAAACUGGCAGUUUUUAACUGAUACAUGGGUAGACCAGUUGUAUUUCGAAUUUUGGGGCCUAGGUAGCAGAAAUGAAAACGUAAACUAGGAAGACAUGGCUUUUAUGGUAGCAUCCAACUUGCGUUCAGUUCAGGGUGUAUUCGCUACCUAACAUACUGUGCUAAAUAAAUGGUCAAAUCGUAUUCAAUGUGCAACAAUUCAAAGGAGUUUCUAUUCUUCAAACACAGAAUAAAUGGCAAUUCAUACUUUACUGAAACACCCAAUGUGAGCUGGAAUUAGCUGUGGUUUUGCAGAGCCUUGUUUCACUUUGUGUUUUGUUUAGUUAAUCGUUUGUCAGAACCCUAUUAAAAUGUACCAACCUUAGUUUUAAGCCAAGAGGCGAUGACCUUUUAUCUCCUGUACGUAAUGUACAACAUACUAUUUUAUGUACAUACUGUUCACUAAAACAGUGUGACGGACCUCAGCAUUCAGCUUUAAUGUCUUUGCCAAGGGUCCCUCCCUUUUAAUGCUGGAUACUUGGAGUGAUUCUAGCUCUCACUCAAACACUAGCCAAGACUUGGUGUAGGGUGAAUGAGAACUGGUUUAUUGGGAACAAGGCACACAUUUUAUACACCCGACCCAACGGCUUGAACAAUGUAAAUCCCAUCCUGGCAUCUCAGCGUCUGGGAGAUAACUAGUUCAGUACCUGCUAAGCUAAUUAUCCCCCAGACACAAUAUACCCCAAAACAUACAAAGUGAGACAAAUAACCCCCUUAUAUCCCCAGUAGCUCUCCCCUUUCGCCUUCUUCAGUAAAGAGUGCUCUUGUGGCACUCAUGGUGUUGACUCACUGCACAGUUAAAGUCUUGACUGCUAGGAGACUGUCACCGGUUGGGUUGGCAUGAGUUGGUGAAGGAUGGGGGAAACCAGGGAGCGUGACUUCAGUGAGAAGUUAGGGUGAAUGUAUCUUGCAAUUGCUUUUUGGAUUUAAACGGGAAAGGAAAGGAAAAGAGGUGGGUGGGGGAGAGGAAAAAAAAAAAAAAAGUGUUUUUGUAUUGAAAUGUAUGUAACCUUGGUUGUUGAUUUACCCAGAAGCAUGUUUUUUUAAACUAGUUUGUUUUACUUAUGUUUGGUGUGUGUACAUGCCCCAUUCAGGGUAGUUUGUAUCCAGGCAUUGAAGGGAGGGGUGUGGGUUGUGAAUGUGUAGUAGAAUUCCAAGCAUGCAAAAGGGUUCAUCUGGUUUGGGAGGAGUUAACCGUUUCAGGCCUCAAUGGAUAACCUGUCAUGGGGAAAAAGCAAAGUAUCUGGUGCAGUGCACGUAAAAUGGCCUGUGCUCCUUAUUUUCUGUUCGUAUACAGAGCUAUCUAACUACAUGGGUUUUUAUUUUCAGAAAGCAGUAACUGGACCAAUUCUCUGAACUGAAUACAAAAUAUCAUCAUAUUUAAGCUGGCCAAGCUGAGGCAACUGUUGAUCUGGAAAAAUGUUUCCAAAUUGGCUUAUUGCCUAAAUUUUGCAAUCCUGCUUACAAUUUGAUGAUUCAUAAACCACAAAUGUAUUUUUAUUUUUUUUUUUAAUGAAAUUUAGUUUUUUACAUAUGUUUAUGUUGUACAGGGGUUUAAGGUGAAGUACAAUAUGGUUAUAUGCAUUUUCUUUUAAAGACAGAUGUGGAAGGUAAAUCUAUGUUUUUCUUCUUAGUUUUGUGACCUCUUUGGCAUAGAGGCAAGGGUGCAGCCAUUUUGAUUUUCUUUCAUGCAAACUACAAGGUGACUUUUGUUUAAUGAUACUGCUUAUAAAGCAGUGUGUUAACUUGGAUAUCAUAUUUUAUUCCCUUAUAAUGUUUGAUAAGCGGUGCUUUGUCAGAAAGCAAAUACAAGAUGGCUGCUUCUUGGAACUUUUAUUUUGCUCUGGGUGUUUUUUUUAUUUUAUUUUUUUAUCUCUUAUCAAAGGAAUAAACUUUUAAAAGCAGGUGCUAUCAGUACACAGGACUUUUAAAUUUUUUUUUUUUAAUUUUUUUUUUUUAAUCUUCUACAAAAAUGAAACUGACUCUGGGGAAAUUGAUUUCCCUUUUAUGGUAACUGGCACAGAUAUUCAGCCAGGUGCAGACUUUGGUACACGUUUGGUAAACACAGUUCAUCAAAAUCUAUUAGUAUUGGUGACGGAUGUGUCCCUUUUUAAGUAUGAAUCAGAAUUGUAUUCGUUUAUGUAUUGUAGAACCUGUGAAUUGGGGCUGAUUGUACAAGGACAGGGUGGGAAUGUGUGGAGUUCAUGAUUAGAAAGGCCUGUCAGAAGUGGAGUUCUGUGUUCUCGUUCUUUUAUUUUUGCUUUCAUUAUGGGCUUCUACACCCAUCUCUAACCCAGCAGUAUCAGUUUGUAGGAAAAAAGUGUGUGUAUGUAUAUAUGUGUGUGUGUGUGUGUGUGUGUGUGUGUGUAUAUAUAUAUAUGUAUAUAUAUAUAUAUGUAUAUAAUAAUAUAUAUGUGUGUGUGUGUGUGUGUGUGUAUUGUAUGUAUGUAUAUGUGUGUAUGUGUAUAUAUAUAUAUACUGCAUAUAUAUAUAACAUAUAUAUAUACUAUAUAUAUAUACUCUAUAUAUAUAUAUAUAUAUAUAUAUAUAUAUAUAAUCUCUCACACAUUUUAUGUGAUGAUUUCUUUGCCUUGAUCGAAUAUAAUAUAUAGCAUAGGAAUAUAUUGUAAUACCCCUUUCUAGGACUUGGAGCCUGAAUUUUUGAGGUGUAUGGAGCCAAAACAAUAGCAGGCAAUGAGAGCAGUGUAGAUGUAUGAUGCAGGCAGGAGUUGUCACGAGGAACUUAAGAAUUUCCUACUUGCCUUAUAAGGCACCCAAAAGUCCUGCCCUGUCCAAAUAGCUAUAUAGAUGUGUCCUUUCCUCCAGAGGCUGCAAAUACUCCAGUGACACAGCAAGGAAACGGUGCAUUUAACAUUUGCUUAUAGCACUUCAAUUCAUGGAGCCAUUGCUGCCCCUCACAGCAAAUUCACUCACCAGUGAUGCUGCACAGCUAGACUGUGACUCUGAUAGAGUAUCAAGACAUUUGGCAAUAUUGUACAUUUGUUACUUGUGAGAUACUUACCAGCUUUCUACAGCUAAACUGCACACUCUGAUGUGUUGGAUAUAUUUAUUAUUUAUUUUUUUUCCCCUAAGGAAGCUAUUGGCUAGUCUCAAUUGGGCAAUGUUGCUCAAUAAAUAAAAAUAUGACCGGCAUGCAAAUAGUUUUGCCAACUUACUUCAAGACGUAUGAUAGAUGUAUAUGUGGUUUUUUUUUAUUUUUUUUUUUUUUUUAAGAUCUGAACUUUGUACAUUUACUUUUUUUUUUUUUUUUUUUUUUUUUUAAUCUAAGAUAUUUUGAAAAUAUAAUUUAUAUUUGACAUCUUGUUAAAUAGUCAAAACCAUUAAUAGCAGAUUUUGUGUAAGAUUUCAAUAACAGGAUGGAAUGCUGAGGUCAAGUAGCAGAGUUGAGCACCCUUGGGUGCUGCAGCAUUUGGAAAAUAUAUACACUAUCAGCUGUGCUUGCUCGGUCUCAUGAGAGCAGUUCACUGCUAUAAGAAUGCAGUGGCUUUUUUUUUAAUUUUUUUUUUUUAACUUUCAUGCACAAUAAGUGACAGAUACAUUAACUGUUCCCGGAACCCGUGUCACCUCUCACAUCUAAGCCUCGUCUGUUAAACCGGUAGAGCAGACUUGAAUGGGAUGGGCCUGCAGGGUGUAAAGUCCCUGUACAUUAAGGGCACGAAGAGUUUAAUGUUCUUCCUGGGCUAACCAUAAAACGGUUAAGCCACAGUAUGACCAAACUCUCUUGUUUGGCUGCUUUUUAGGUUAAAAAGCACUUGUUGAUCUAAAGAACUGGAUUUGGAGCAGUACAGUAACAAUCUCUACCUUACAUUCUGUGCUGUCAUAGAAUGAAAAGGUCAGGACUCUUAAAACUUCCUGCUCUACUUGCAGAUGACGUUUCGUGAGCUAUUUAGGUGCUUUUGGUUUUCCCCUUCUUCCAUCAGAUAGGAGUAUGUUCUGUUUGUGCAUUCUACAGACGAACAUCAGUGUAUGCAAACAAACAAUGACAGUUCUAUUCAGUCGAGAUACAUUACACCUUUUUAUAUACACUUGGGUCAGUGCAAUAGACUGAGUAGGAGAGGUUAAUUGAGCACAAAUAGUUGUACAGGGUGGAUUCUCAUCUGCCCUGCAAACCCUUAAUCUAGUUCCCUGUGGCCAUUAAUAGAGGCUUGGUUCUGUGAUUGCACAGGGUGUGCUUGCAACUUCCCAGAAUCCUCUGUUCUGUCUAGAACAGGCGCCUCUUGCUUGCCAAAAAUAUAUUCAAAAGCAGAUUUAAAAGCUUGCGAGAUCAACUGACGUGGUCAUUCAUAUGCAGUUGAUCUUUUCUAUUUGAAAUAUAUAAUAUAUCUAUCAGUUUUGAUGUUUAUUAAAUUUAAUUAUUGCCUGUGUACUACAGUUACACUUGUUGUUGGUUUCAGAAUUUAAGUGGAUGUUCAGUUAAAUUAUAUUGCAGCCCCUGCCUUAAAAACGGAAGUGAUGAGUUUUUGUACUGCAAGAGGUGUGUAACCACAUCCGAUUUAAACAUCUGCAAACUUUCUAACAUCUGUCCCUUUUCUGUGAUCACACUGAAUAUGUAAACCUAAAAGGUGAUAAGUGAUUAAAAAUACUUGCCCCCCACCCAGUUUACAAUUGACCAUAUCCUUCCUUCUACAAAACAUUUUAAGAUAACUCUGCAAAACUGGUACCUCAUGCAGAAACACUGAACAUAUUAUUUUAUUCAUACAGUGUUAUGGCUUUAUUGGUACGGUUAUCACCUAAUUGGGUACAGGGUUGAUUACUCAAUCACUAGCUGCUGACCCCCAUCCUUUUUGUUUUGGGUUUAGAAGCCCUUGGAGCUGUGAUGUGAGUGACUAGUUAAAAUAUAAACUAACAUUCUAUUCCUUGUUUAUCCUAAAGUCAUAUUUCUUUAACCUUUUGACUGAAAAGCUUGCCCUACAGAUAUGCUUUUAGCAGAGAUCAAAUGUCUUUAUGUAGCUAUCUCUUGCUCCACGACCUUAACUGGUAGUGGAGAAAGAGGUGGAUCUUCUCUGGUAAUUAAGGUUCUAAUAGAUUACACAAAUCCACAAUUAACUGGAAUAUUUUUAUAUACAUUAUCUUGACCAUAAAGCAUUUUCACGAUUCUAUAAACGUUACAUUGGAAUUCUGUGGUGUGCGUGACUGCUGUACUUGGAAGAAAUUAUAACACCCCCACCCCAUAAUAUUUCCAGUAGUAACAUGAAGGACACUGGCUUAUGUUGCCAUAUAAUAUCCUAUCGCCUCCUCUAAAUCUAUUGUCCUCGCUUCAGGUUAAAUAUCCUGUUACUUUGCCACUUAUUUCCACCAAACUGUCCAAUGUCUAUCUCCUGGGGCCUUCCUGUUUUCUCCUAGUGGAUGCUUGGACACUUGCUCACCUGUGGCUUUUUUUCUCAUAGGCUGAAGCAGAUGUAGCCUCAUUGAACAGGCGUAUCCAGCUAGUAGAGGAGGAGUUGGAUCGUGCUCAGGAACGUCUGGCAACAGCCCUUCAGAAACUGGAGGAGGCUGAGAAGGCUGCAGAUGAGAGUGAGAGGUGAGUAGAUGGGACUUCUCUUACAGGUGAUCUAAACCAAGGCUGAUCAUGGUGAUCUGUAUAUCAUUAGUAUUUUAGCCUUCCUGUAGCCAUAUAGGAGUGGUGAAGAAGUAAGGCAAACUUAGGUUCUCCAACUCCUGUGUCCAACCAGUCAGUCUUCUGUCUUGUUUAGAAUCAUGGAUUUUGUGGAUCACUGCACUUAUAGUGCUACAGGCUGCUGUUGAGAUUACUAAGUGGGGGUAACACAAAUAUUGGUACUAUUGGCAUUGAAAGCUACAUCAUUGCCUAUUUUCAUGUAUUUCAGAGGUAUGAAGGUCAUUGAAAACAGAGCCCUGAAGGAUGAAGAGAAGAUGGAGUUGCAAGAAAUCCAACUGAAGGAAGCCAAGCACAUUGCUGAGGAGGCUGACCGCAAAUAUGAAGAGGUGAGGAGGUCAAACUAAGCAGAACUAAGUAGGCUUAUAAAAUCUCAGCUGGUCAAAGAUGAAGUGGUUCGUACAGUAGAAUGCUUUGACCAGACUUGAAGACUUAUUGUCCAUUGUGUUACAAUAGGUUGCCCGUAAGCUGGUGAUCAUUGAGGGUGACCUGGAGCGUGCAGAGGAACGUGCUGAGCUCUCAGAAAGGUAUGGGUUACUGGUUCUUCAUGGGCUUAGUUACCUUGAUGCAUGUUUUAUCCACUUGCUGCAAAAACACACACUUAAUAUUCCUGGACAGCAUUUUUCAUAUGCUUCCAUUGCAGUGGCAUCCAUUGACUUUUGCCAAACUAUUUCUGCAUGUAACUACUAUGGCUUGAAGACCCUUAAGAGUUGGUGUUAUCAGUUGUGCAUUAGGCCACACCAAGGACACUAUUUUGCCCUAUAUGAUUUAGUAUUUAUUUUUAAGACCUGUUCUCUAGAAUGUUCCUGGGAUUGUGUUUAAAAAUGUGACACACAAACUCAGACACUUGUUUUAGUGGAUACUGCUUCGUCUAGAAAUUUAGAUAGCGGAGUAUUCUUCAAUCACUGUCAAGUUAGAAAGGCCUAUCCUGGAAGCCAUACCAUUGUUAGCUGAUAUGCAUCUACCAUUACUGGUGAUGAGAUUUAGCUACAAACAAUAGGAUAUGAGAGUUGUUGGUUCUUCAAGUGAUAUUGUAGGAAUUUGGAACUGGCAAUUGAUUAGCCUAGUCCUGACCCUCUUCUUAAACUGCGGGGCUGUACAUCACAACUGAUAACUCAAAUCCUGUGCUACCCACAGAUAUAAAAGCAUUUUAACUUAUUUGAAACUCUAAGAAACCUUUUCCUGAUCACCUGUAACAAUGUGGUUUUUUCUUUGCAUGCUCCAUAUAAUGCGAAUGGCUUGUUCGUUUCGCCUUUAUUUCAUAUGCUCAUUAAUAGUCGUUGCCGGCAGCUGGAUGAUCAGCUGAGAAUAAUGGACCAAACUGUGAAAACGCUAAUAGCCUCAGACGAGAAGGUACUGGUGCUAGAUUGUGCCCUCCUCAUUUCCCAGCAACAGGGCAUCAGAACCUCGCUUAAUAUGUGCUUACUCUCUGCUACUUUAACUUCAACAAGCUUCUUGUGAUUGUUCUUGGGUUUUCUUUUUUGUGUAUAAAACUGAGCCAAAAGGAGAAAAGGCAGGAUUACAGCCGAAUACUGAGUGUUAUUAAUUUUCUUUUAAUAGUCUAGAUAACUGUACACCAAGCAUAAACUUUUAAAUGUAAAAAAACAACCUUUCAUGGUUUCAAAAAUUGGGCUACUAGAAUUUUAGAAGUAAAAUGUAUUAAACCAAUUUCUGAAUCACACUCGAGUGCCGUACUGAUCUGCAUGCCUCGCUGUAUAUAAUUUUAAUUUAUUUUUUUAAUCAGCAUAGAGUGUUCAAGUGUAACCUAGCCUUUUUUUCUUUUUGGAUCAGUUGGGUUUUUCUCUCUAUAUGGAUUGGAUUUUCAUUCUUUUCUCUCCUCUUUCAAUCUAUUUUUAUUUUUUUUUCCUGGUUUCUUCUUGCUCCUGCCACCCCUGCCUUUUUCCUCACCCCAUCCAAAUAGCAAAUGUGCUGAACUUGAGGAAGAGUUGAAAACUGUUACCAACAACUUGAAAUCCCUGGAGGCCCAGGCAGAGAAGGUAGGAUGGCAAACUGCGUAUAGAGCCAUGCUGCUCUAGUUUGGUAUAAAGAGACUUACACACACAAAUCUGACAUUACCAGGCUUAUUCUUUGUCCCUUGUCAGGAACCCAUUUGUGAUCAGCAUGACAUGGCGAGGCCCUAGUUGAUAUUUUGUAAACUUCUUUUUUUUUUUUAAACUUUAUUAGGUAAUUAAAUUGUAUUUCAUUCUUUGUCCCUUGUAAUGGGGAAAGUGUGUGGGUUGUUUUUUUUUUUAUUUAUUUUUUUAUUUAUUUUUUUUUAAAUGUCUUUUUAAAAAAUGUGUAAGAUGUUUAUUUUUAAUCAUGUCACCCUUUUGCUGCAUUAAAUCCUAAAACUCCUCAACUCUAUCUUCAAUCUAGCCUUAUUUAGAAACAAAAUGGCCAAUGGAAAUCAUCUGGGCUUUGAUUCCUAAUGAUGCAAGUGGAGUGUUGAAUAAAUUUUUAGUAAUUGCGAUAUAUUAAAAAUCUGGACAUUAACAUGCAGUACACAAACAAUGGGAUUUAAAAAAAAAACAAACAAACAAACAAAAAAACCUCAAGAAAUGCUGAAUGUGAUGCUUACCACCAGAUCUCUACAAUUCGCACCUCCCUUUUUUUUUUUUUUUUAAAGCCUAUUCUAUAAGGUGAUGGGCUAUAAUCACUCACAUUUCUUUCUUACUUGUUUAUCUUCUAAAUAUAUUUUUCUGCUUCAGUUAAAUCCCUGUGGUGUCUGUCUUAGUGAUUUGCUCCCUAGUGUGCUGCUAAAUGUUAGAUCUGUAAUUGUUAACCCAUUGAGCAUUAUACUGCAAACUGUUUGUACGCUACUAGAUUUAUUAGUGGGGCCACACAUUACAGAAGCCACGUAUCAAAUUUGUUCUGUGGGAAGUUUAAAUACAGCAUCCUUCAUUAUUGGCCUUCUUAAGGACCUCCAUUUUAAUGAAGGAUGGUACAAGAAGCAUUAAAGAGAUGUUUAGUGGUAAUAUUUUAUUUGUUUGCUAUAAUUGGGCAUAUUGCAGUUCCCCUGGUAUCUCUGUGGAAAGGCUACAACAUCUUAAUGGACCCAAACUCUCGUUUACCUGAAUAGAAUUUUUUUUUUCUUAAUCCUACAGUACUCCCAGAAAGAGGACAAAUAUGAAGAGGAAAUAAAGGUGCUCACAGACAAACUGAAAGAGGUAAGUGCGUUCAACUGGCCGUGCACCGGUGGGUUUUCUUGUUGACCAUGCACUCAUGUUGUCUUCUGUCCUUUUCCAGGCUGAGACACGUGCUGAAUUUGCAGAAAGAUCAGUAGCCAAGUUGGAAAAGACCAUUGAUGACUUAGAAGGUAUGUCCUUUCGGUCCCUUGGGGUUAGAAUGUUUGAAUAUCACCCGGAAUACUGGAAAAUAAGAAUGUGUUUGUUUCUUGUUUCCUCCUGAAGGGAUCCUCUAAAAUUAUUGGUAGUCCUGUAUUUAUAUAUUUAUCAGGUUGAUAAUUACUUAAUGGUAUUUCCCCAUAUUCUUCCAUAUGGUAAUAUAGAUUGUAUCCUUUAAUGAUUUCUUCAGUCUUUUCCCUCUAUAGAGUCCACUCGUACACCCAGAUUAUUUAUUUUUGUGCUGUACUUAUACUAAUUAGGAGAACCACUGCAGUUUGAUUUGUUGGAGAGAUAGCAGGUGAACGUAACUAUAUGGAUAGUAGUGCAUUAUUUGGGCCUGUAUAGUUGAGAACCACAAUUUGGGCAUAAUAUGGAAAAUACUGAUUGGUUCACCUGCUGUAAGACUUUUUAUCUGUUUUAAUUUUUUUUUAAAUUUUAUUUCAUUUUUGGUGUGGGGCACAAGCUUUUAUAAUUCACGACUUGACUAUUCUCUUUACUUUACCAAUGUGAUUUUCUGUCCUUGCCUCUUCCUAAUCUGUCUUUUCUCUUCCUUUUUUCUUAUUUUAUUGCACCAUUUGCUCUUCGGCUGGGUUCUACGCUGCUGCUUCUCCAUCACACUGUCUGCUGCUUUGCAUUGGAUGGGCUUCUUCCCAACAACAAAUGUCGCAUCUCCUGCUUUUUUUUUUUUUUUUUUUGGUUAUCCCUCCACUUUCCAAUUGUCUUCUCUCCUCUCCCUUUCCAUACCCCGUUCCCUUUUUCUGUCCUUUUAUUUUCCAUCCUAUUCGUUUCCCCUGCCGCCACCUUUUAUUUUUUUUGCAUUUGCCUGUUCUUGCUCCUGCCUUCGUUCUGAGCAGAUGAGCUAUACGCUCAGAAACUGAAGUACAAAGCAAUCAGUGAAGAACUGGAUCACGCUCUCAAUGACAUGACUUCAAUGUAAAUUUUAUUUUUUUUCUUUCUCUGUUUUCCAUACCCUCUCCACUCACUUAAUAAAACUCACGUCCUACCCUCACACCUUAAAUCACUUUAUUUGCUCACUUCUGGAUUCACUUUUAACUGCUUAUUUGUAAUAUUUUCGUUUUACAUUUGUUUAGACAACUGGCCAAACUUUAUUCCAAUCAAAUUAUGAAUAGGACACAGUGCACAAAUGAUUAGUUUAUAAACUAAAGUUAUUGGCUGUCAGAGGCAUUCUGCCCAAUGUCAUGGACAUAAGCCAUAACUUUAAUGGUUCCUUUUGUUUGGCUACUUCCCUGCUGUAUUCCAAGAUGCAACUAAAUGUUGAUCAAACUCGAUUUACAAAAAUAGCCAGUGUUUAAGCAAAUGUAAACUCUUCUUUGUAUUAUAUUUCAUAUUUAUUUCUGCUUUAUUUAUAUAAAACCUCCUCACUGUGCACUAACGUAACCAGUACGGAAAAGCUGUAUACAUACCUCAGAAAACAAUGGCUCCUACCAGCCCAGUUCUUUUCAUUAUGUAGCAAACUGUACAUAUUCUAAUGUGUCAUAAAAUUUGAGUCCAACAUAUUUAUGCUUGUAUCUGAAAUAUGUUUAAUGGGACUUUGCAUGCUAUGCAUUACAAUAUAAGCUUGCGCUAACUUGGAAACUAAAGUAUUGGUCACUGUAGAACAUAUCUAAUAUGUGUAGUAUUUGAACAUUAUGGGAUACUAUGAUCUGUUUUUAAUAGGUUUGUGUCUUGUUGUGAGGCAGUAGAUUAUAGUGGGUUUUUAAAGGUUAAAAAAAAAAUAUUUUGAGGACCAUCACAUUUUAAAUGUCAUAGGAAGAAAAAUUAUUACUUUGCUCUCGCCCAUACCCAUGUUAAUGUAAAUUGAGCACCACUGAUAUUUUAUUUAAAGGAACACUAUAGGGCCAGGAACACAAACAUGUAUUCCUAACCCUAUAGUGUUCAAAACCACCAUCUAGCACCUCUGAUGCCCAUAAAAUAGUAUAGUAUGCUGCUGGUUCUGUCCCUGAUUGGCCUCAUUGGCUUACAUCAUUUAAAGUGAUGAUCUGAGCCAAUCAGAAUGAUUUCCCAUAGGAAAGCAUUGGAUUUGCUGAGACUGCCAAGGAGGCAGGUCAGGGGCAGAGCCAACACAAGUCAAACACAACCCUGGCCAAUCAGCAUCUCCUCAUAGAUAUAUUAAUUCAAUGUAUCUAAAGAACAUUCAGUAUCUCCAUGCAGAGGGUAGAUAAACUGAAUGUCAGUGCUGCACAUUGUGUAACAAUGCCCCAGAAUGCACCUCUAGUAGCCAUGCGAGGAGUGGCUAGUGGAGGUAUCUCUAGGCUGUAAUGUAAACACUGCAUUUUCUCUGAAAAGUUGGGGUUUACAGCAAAAAGCCUGAAGGGAAUGAUUCUACUCACCAGAACAAAUACAAUAAGCUGUAGUUGUUCUGGUGACUAUAGUGUCCCUUUUUAAUGUUGCCAGGCUUGAACAUACUGGACCUGUAAUGUAUACACCAUUGUGAUACUCUGUGAUACCAAUCCUCAAAUACCUUUUUAAAGGAAAACUGGCCCCUGCACAUGUCCUAAUGUAAACACCCUGAUUUAAAGCUUACAAGAAGUACAGCAAACAAACCAAUGUUGCCCCAUUAUUGAUCUAUCCAGAGGAGCUGUUGAGACCCAACUUUUUGAUACAUUUGACAGUUCUAGUGAUCUUCUAGAAACUUGAUGAUCCAGUAGUAGAAUGGAACACACUUAAAAUGACUUGACUACAUUUCAAGUUAACCUGUACAAAAAACUUUCACAUUGUAGCUAAAAUGUCACAUUGACGCCUUCUUUGGGGUUUUAACUUCUAUCUGAACUGGUUCACUAUGCUCCAUUUGCGGAUCCUCCAUUAUCCCUAAUCUACACAAGCCACAGAUCUCCCUACCCGUUGUACUGGUUCAGUGCACUGAAAAAAGCUAGUGGUAAAUAACUUGUGGAUUAGUAAAUGACACACCGUUUGGGUUGGAGCCAUUGAUGCAUUAGGAAAAUCCUUUCCCGACACUUGUCAGGCCAGCAGUCUAGUAAUACGGUGUUCACUGUAACUUUGGGAGAAGUAUUCUAUUCCCAUUCUAACUACACCUUUUAACUAUUGAAUGUGUUCCUUUGCUUCUAUAGAACUUGCAAUCCUUUUGAUAUGUUGGCUAAAUUAAGGUUUCUGGGAGCUGCGUAAUGCAUUUACUUUGGCGACUCCUUGCUCAAAUUAGCUUUUAUUAAUGAUAUUGCUGAUAUAUAUACACUGGCAAAUUGGUAAUCCUCAACCAGCCAGAUUCUUAAAGACCCCCAAAAAUUAUCAUUUUAUCAAGAUCCCAGAAACCUCCUUUAGCAGAUUUACUACAGAUAUCAGGAGAUUGCAACCACACACAAAGCGGGUCACCUUGCUGACCAGUUCUCCGCUCACCCAUCUAAUACUUCUGCUGCUGUUUUCCGUUUUAAAAAUGGAAAAUUUUAACACUAUACGUAAACUCCCACUGCUUUGCUGCUGACCUGCGAGCAACUUCAGUCAGCUGACAAUUGCGCUUAAUUAAAAGGAAAAAUCACAUUUUGGACCCACUCGUCUCAAAGAACAAAGCAAAUGUAGUAUAAUCAACAUUGUAGAGGAUGGGUUCAUUGGACGCUCUGCUUCUUAGAACAGCCUCUAAAGUGAACCGUCAGGUUUUGCCUUUGAUCAAAGCAGAUCAAGAAGCUUCGAUGCCUGUGGACUCUAGUCCUUGAUUAAGGAAAAGGAAACUUGAACGAAUAAUCCUUAAUUCUUACUGUAGUGGUAUGCUGAUGGUAUGUUUUAUAACAAGCCUUCUGUAAGAUGGUCAUGUUAUAAACUGGGCCCCAUAAGUGGUAAUGGUAUCAAGCGCUAUCAAUUAAAAACUGAGUGCAGGAAACGUUAUCUGCAUUUAGUUUCUACACAAUAUGACUCAAAAGGAGGAUUUAGAUCCACUUGCCGACCUCAACCCUGGUGCCUGGACAAAAAAAGUCCCGUGGUAUUCCUCCUCCCUUCUCUAACCCCCCUCCCCAAUGUCUUGGUUGCAGAUUAAAUUACAAUCUUUAGUAAUAUUUCAUCAUAUCUCAAUACUGACCCUGGGCUGACCGGUCCUUGGAACGCUUGGCCAGUCAUGGCCAUCGAAGUUGUCCAGAAUUAACACUGAUAAUUUAAAUGUGUAACCUCCCAUCGAAAUAAGCUGCUGAGGGGGUUGCCCUUUAGUGGCAGUAACCCCCUUGGUUUAUAUAAAAUAACUUGUAAAAUAUUUGGUAACGAACUGGGAGACCGUUUGCAAAAUUGGCAAUUACAGCAAACCACAGGUUUUCUGUUUUUGCAUUUGUGGUUUUGUUUUAUACUCCCAAGUGAAAAUUGUUCCCAUUUGAAAACUCCUAGCCAACGGAUCUAUCCUGGGAACCACUUUACAUAAGGGGUUUGUUAGUCGUAGUGCUGCCAUUACAGUUAGUGGCAGGACCAGGAUUGAUUGAAAAAUUACAGUCCCUUCCUGUUUGGGUUUGCAACAAAUAUGAGCGAGGGGUGGGGAGAUAUUGGUUUUCCUUAAGUCUGACUGAUUAACUUCAGUUUCUCAAAAAAUACCUUGUAUUGGUAUUGGUGUCAGGCUCCCCAAUUGUAAGGAAUCAAACUGGUUUUGAAUGGUUUGACUUCUUACCUGGAGGGGGAAGAGGACUUCUGGAAGCUUAGUGUAGGACUUACAACAAUCAGUUGACCCCUGCCUAUAAAGGAUGUGCAAGAACACUUCUUACACCAUAAUCGCUUUAGUGGUUAUAGUGCAAGAGUGUUUCUUUUCAAAGUAUAUUCAGUGUUUGUGGGGGAUUAAUUCCCUUUCCACUCAAAAGACCAAUGCCCUAAGAAAUGCUUGUGCAUUUGAUCACCUUCAGAGUAAAGCAAUUGCUUUACCCCCAGAUAGUUAGUGUUACAUGUUAAAUGGGGGAGGGGAGGGGGGUUGUUAAUGUGUGGCCUACUCUUAUUGCUUUCACGAAGGGGACAUGUGCUAGCCUUUUUUUGUUCAAGAUGGCAUAGCCUUUUUCUUGCCCCAUCUUUAGAAUAAUUGUCCCAGUAAUGUGUUGAGUACUGAUGAUGAAAUCACUCAGAUUCUAAGAGUUAUGAUUUGUGGUCUUAUUGAAUUGCACUCAUAGAGAUUCACAAAUUUCUGCAGUAAAUUGGUGCUGGUCUUCCAUAAAAAUCUGCUUUAUUGAAAUUCCAUAAAGAGAAAUCCUACAGUGAUGGAUUUUAAACGGGCACAAGUAGUCAUUCAGCAGAACUAGCGACCCACGUUUUGACUUUGCUCUUUAAAAGCUGAUCGGUGAAGGAAGUUUGGCUGGAUUCCAUGUGAAAUAUACACCUGUGUAUAUUAGUGUUUUGAUGGAAAAUGGGCAUGGAUGAGACUGCAGAGAGCAACCAUCUGGCCUUGAACCAAACCUUUAAUAUAUAUAUAUAUUUUUUUUUUUUUUACUUUUUCCCCUUUCACUUCUGUCAAAAGAAGCAAAAUCAAAAUGGUGCCUAAAUGGUUCAACAGAUAUGUAAAUUUAUAUAUAUAUAUAUAUAUAUAUAUAUAUAUAUAUAUAUAUAUAUAUAUAUAUAUAUAUAUAUAUAUAUAUAUAUAUAUAUAUAUAUAUAUUUAUUGCUACCUCACAUGUAAACCGGCUGGAGUUUGAGAUGCUGAAGCGGUAUUUGGGGUAGUCUUUUACCAAUACCACCAUGACCGCAUUUUAAAGAAUUUGACAUACCAAAAAAAACCUGUAUUCUCCCUUCCAUUCCUCAGUGACUCAUGCAGGCUCCCUACACUAAAUACUACGUGCCAAUUCCUAGCGUCAUGUUGCUUAUUUGUGUUCUGAAUGUUCCUAGCUGUCCAUACAUUUCAAUGGUACAUAUAAAAAAAAAUUUUUUAAAAAUGCAGAAACGUUUAUUUCUAGUAGCUAAGCUCAAGGUGAGAAUCCAGUAUUUGCCAAAUUUCAUUGAAAGUUAUCCUUUAAUAAUCUCACUAAAAUCGACUGCUGGUCUAAAAAGAGCACGAUAAUCUAACCAAAAUCUUCAACUGGUCUAUGACGCUUCUGCCCUCCCAUAUAGCGUUCGGAAUGCUUAUCUGCCAACCGCAUGCGCUUUAAUCUUACCCUGCACCCGCUCUACUUUUUAUCGAUCUGAUUUAUUAUUAUUAUUUUAUAACCUUACCUUUUUCUUCCACACAGAUAAAAAAAUGUUUUUCUGCAGCUGGUCCUCUUUUUCUCCUACCUGGGCUGGAUAUUCGUCUGAGCUGUCCUUUUAUCUUAGUCUCUACUUGGAACUCUUAAAUCUGUCCUUCUGCAUUAAAUCCAAAGUCACCUUUCUGCUGUACAGACACUCUGUAAAAUAAAAGACCCACUGUGUAUUUUUCGCUCUGCUUUAUUUUAUUUUUUUCCAGCACUAUUUAUUGAAAACCUUUAAUAAAAUGCAAAUCUAUACUUUUAAAGCUUGUAGGACAUCUCUGUAUAUGUAUUCUGUAAGUGUUCACAUGAAGCAACCAGUUUAAUAUACUACUGUCACCCAUCUCGAUUAUUUGUUGCCGUUUUUGUUUUACCCUUUUAAAUAGUGAUAUAUCCUGCACACAAGUCUCUGGCAAACUUGGUGUUAAAUCCUCUUGCUGAAUAAAAUAGAAUAAAUUCCACUUCCAAUGCGGAAUUGUUGACAGGGUUGGUGUUUGCUUUGGGAAAUCAUAAGCCGGCAGUCCUAUCCUGCAAUAAAAAUCUCUGCUUAGUGAAGUCAAUGGGACAGGUGUUUUGUGGCCACUUUGUCCUGUUUACACAAGUGUUAUGCAAAUCAUCGAAG